CCCGAGCGUGGAGCGAAACAUUAAGUAAAACUAAACGAUAAACUUCAGUGGCAGCAGUCACCGCGAUAAAUCUAGACUUUUUCUUUGUGAAUUUAAUCAGAUCUAGUCAUAAAUAUGUCUGAGGCUUUCUUCGACGAAUACGACUACUACAACUUCGACCACGACAAGCACAUUUUCUCCGGCCACGGCGGCAAGCAGCGCACGAAGAAGGAGGUGAGCGAGCACACUAACCACUUCGACCCGUCCGGCCAUUCGAGAAAGAUCGUGAAGAAGUUGGCCAACACGGAAAACAACAAAAAAGCCGUAAACAAAAGUUAGAUGGAUUUUUGAACAAAAUACGACUAUGGCUUGUGAAUGGAAUGUUGAUUUAAUGCCAAGCGAACGGAG